CUUGCUCUUCACAUGACUGCAGCCCUGUGAGCUCUCACACAGGAGGGAGAGGAAUGUGCAGAGGAGCCACAGCAGCGAUGGCCGAGCGGAGCCACGGUGCCUCCACAAUGCACACAUUCUACACUGUGUUCAUCUGCUUCACCUUCAUCCACUGCGCCACUGCAAUCCCCUGGACACAGGAAAAGCUCCAUCACCGAGCAGUGACACUAACGCAGGAUGAGAUUCUCACGGCGCUGUCUCACACAGAUCUGGACCAGAUGUGGCAGAGGGAUCUGAGGCCGCUGCUGGUCACCAGGUACCCGGGCUCUUCAGGCAGCCAAGCUGUGCAGGAGCAUAUCAAAACCACCCUUGGUUCACUGAGCGCAGGCUGGGAGGUCACAGAGGACAAGUUUAGGUCACAAACCCCCUACGGCCCUCUGCCCUUCACCAACCUGGUCGCCACCCUCAACCCGUCAGCCCAGCGCCGCCUGGUUCUGGCCUGUCACUAUGACUCCAAGUAUUACCCGCCACAGUGGCACGGGCGGGAGUUCCAGGGCGCCACCGACUCUGCUGUUCCCUGUGCCAUGAUGCUGGAGGUGGCACGAGCCCUGGAUAAAGAACUGAAGACUCAGAAGCGCUCCAGCCCCGACCUGACCCUGCAGCUGAUCUUCUUCGACGGAGAGGAGGCCCUGUUCCACUGGACGCCCACGGACUCCCUCUACGGCUCCCGCCACCUCGCCCAGAAGAUGGAGAGCACGCCACACCCGGCCGGCGCCACACACACCAACCAGCUACACGGCAUAGAUCUGCUCAUGCUGUUGGACCUGAUCGGAGCUCCCAGCCCUCACUUUGGCAACCAGUUCCCCAGCACAACGCCCUGGCUCACCAGACUGCAGAACAUUGAAAAGCGUCUCCACUCCAUGAACCAGCUCGCGGAUCAUCCUGACAGUGAGGAGUAUUUCUGGCCUGAUCGACCAGUCGGCCACAUACAAGACGACCAUAUACCAUUCCUGAACAGAGGCGUGCGUGUCCUCCACCUCAUCCCCUCACCGUUCCCGUCCGUGUGGCACACGUUCGACGACAACGAACAGAACCUGGAUCGCUCCGCCAUUCAGAAUCUCAACAAGAUCAUGCAGGUCUUUGUCCUGGAGUACCUCAAUGCCAGACCAGCUGUCCCUUCCAUCACUUCCAUCACUUCAGCACCAUCAGUACCUUCAAAUCCACAGAAUGCUCCAUAAAAGCUUAAGUUUAUUUUGAUGUUUCAAUGCAGAAAAGAGCAGCCAACUGCAUUCUUUACCACAGAGAAUGUGUUUGUAUAAAAACCCCUGUAUGAUUCCAAAUCCAUGUUCAAGUUGACUUUUUCUUAGUAUAUAUAUAAAAAGUCUUUCCUUUUUCUCGAUACUUUUCCAAUAUUGAGGAAACAAUUUGAAAAUAUGAAAGUAUUGCCUAGCAAGUCAAAAGCUGCUCACGUGUGCUUUACCACAAUUGCAAUGGGAACAGACUGGGAACACUUGCAUUAGGUCAUUCACAUGAAUUUUACAUGUAAGAAAUAUUACAGUAUGUGGCAACGCACAUGUGUCACAAGGUGUGCCUCAGCUCCAGGGUAUGUGACAUCUCUUCUCCUCCUGUAAAUCAGCUCAGUGUUGGAUUGUAAACCUGUCAGUGGCAGGAAGUGGGUGUAUUUGUAUUAUCACAACAUAUUAAACACUUCAUAUCCUGUCAUCUCUACAAUAGCGACGGGGAUAA